CAAGCGGUUCACRCCCGCCAUGCUCGCUGGACCCAGUGGAUUCCACGUCGAGAAUCGACGCCAACAACACAGGAAAAGUGGACAGUGGAUCAACGAAGCUGAAAAUCGAGAGGAAAAAGCAAGCUCUUUUGACAAUCCACCGUCACAAGAGUUAGACGUCUCAGUUACGAAACACCGCAUCAAGAGGUUUCCGAGUAGAAGACGACGUCUUUCCGAAGUCACGAACUCAACAAACGACUCCCGACUUUCGAAGGCCCAUUUUGCUAUACCUCCAGCGACAUCCUUAUCAGAAAGUGCCCUACCAGAUCAGGAGUCUGAAGAAACAGGUACCUCGAACUCUUGCUCACAAAAAGACUCGUGGUUUACAACUAGUGUUAGUCCUCCACGGACAACUUCAAAUGAAGGUUCGUUUCAUUCGUGUAACUCGGAGAUUGACGUAUCAGAAGAGGCAAGAGAUACGCAUGCGCARACUUUUGACACUUCGGAGAAAAGCUAUGUCRUAAAGUCAAUGCGAAAUAAGUUUGAAAACCUUUAGACUUUACAAUCUUUUUAGCUACUGACAACAAAAAAUUGUGGUAAACUUGCAGUUAAAUUGUUUUUGUGAAGUAUUUUCCUGUAAAAGCAGUAAAACAACUUAUAAAAUACUAACAAAUUUGACAAAACAACAACUUUAUU